GGUCCUUUCACUAAGCAAUUUUUCUGACGCGACUAAAUAAAACCUGCAAUUACUACACGAAAACAACCAAAUACGUACUACUGCACUUUCCUUGGGACUAUCGAGGAAUGCUGCAUAUGCAACACAAUUAGACUCCGGAGAUACAAACUAAAUGUCCAAUAAACAAUUAUGAUACCUGCUGGAGAAACUGUUCUUAUUUUAAAGUACCGCUCGCAAGCAAGCUGAAGGGAUUUCCUUCCCUCCUGGGUGGACAUUAAGGUUAAGCACCCUCUCCGGGUUCAAGACAUCGGCGAUAGUGGAGCGGGACGUCGGUGUCAGAGGCACCGGGAGCGCGGCGGUGUCGGUUUCCAUACCCGAACUGGUGGUAGACAGCAUGGCUGCGGGGAAAGGAGCUCCCAAAGGCGCGUCGCUGUGGGACAACAUACGGCUGCGGUUCAUCGUGUGUUUCCUCGGCGUCUUUGUUUGUUAUUUUUAUUACGGGAUUCUACAAGAAACCAUCACUCGAGGGGAGUAUGGCCAGGGAGACAAGAGGGAGAAGUUUAGAUUCGCCCGGACGUUGGUGUUCAUCCAGUGCAUCAUCAACGCGCUCUUUGCGAGGAUCUUGAUCCAGUUUUUUGAGGGGUCCAAGCCAGAUGCCACCAGGAGUUGGCUGUACGCCCUGUGCUCCCUCUCCUACCUGGGAGCCAUGGUGUCCAGUAACUCCGCCCUCCAGUAUGUCAACUACCCCACACAGGUGCUGGGGAAAUCGUGCAAGCCCAUUCCAGUGAUGAUCCUAGGCGUGACCAUCCUGAGGAAGCGGUACCCGAUGGCCAAGUACUUGUGUGUGCUGCUGAUUGUGAGCGGCGUGGCACUCUUCCUCUACAAGCCCAACAAGAGCUCCGGGGUCGCAGACGACCACCUUUUCGGCUUCGGGGAAAUUCUUUUGCUGGCCUCUCUGACGCUGGACGGCUUGACAGGCGUGGCCCAGGACCACAUGAGGUCUCACUUUCAAACGAGCGCCAACCAUAUGAUGCUCAACAUCAACUUGUGGUCCACUUUGGUGCUGGGACUGGGUGAUGUAUCUAUCCAUCAAUCUAGCUCUAGCGACUGUAUUUAUGUAGCUAUCUAUCUAAUGACCACUUGGUGGCGCCAUCGCUACACUACUGAUAUUAACCAGCACAUCAGUUGUCUCUUUUUUGGAGUGACUGAAUGUUUUGUGCCUGCAGUCGUGUUGUGGACAGGCGAGGUGUGGGAGUUCCUAAGCUUCACUGAACGCUACCCCAGCAUCUUGUACAACAUCCUUCUCUUCGGGAUGACCAGCGCCUUAGGCCAGACCUUCAUCUUCAUGACGGUGGUGUACUUCGGCCCGCUGACCUGCUCCAUCGUCACGACCACGCGCAAGUUCUUCACCAUCCUGGGCUCCGUCAUUCUUUUUGGGAACGUCAUGAGCGGCAUGCAGUGGUUUGGGACCAUUCUGGUGUUUCUUGGUCUUGGAUUGGAUGCUAAAUUUGGCAAAGGCCCCAAGAAGACGGCACGUUAAAACAUCUGGAGCACACCAGAGACAAACAAUCAAACAAUGCGGAGGGGAACAGCCUAACGCCAGUACCUUAUUUACUGUUGCAGCCCUUUAGGACUGUCGGCUGCAACUUCAAUUACCUCAUUUUUAAUGACAACAAAGAAAGUCCUUGUUCAGUGUCAACCUGUGUUGGGAUCAUGUCUUGAGUGAACAGCAUCAUACUGUACCAACAGAUGUCCAUAUGUUUUCCACAAGCUGGCCAUGAAGGACAUACAAUCCCCCCAAUUAACUUGUGUACUCACCACAGUGUAAACCAUGUUGCUUGCAAAUGUCUUAUCACAUGUAGUGCAUUUCUUGGCAAAUAAUUGUCAUUUAUAAAGUAUCCAGUACAAUGGCUUUACAUUUUUUGGUUAAAUGUUUUUUAAUUUAAUUUCUACACCUUGCAUUAAAGGGACAUUAUCAUC